AUGGGACAGAAGAGUGAGAUCGACACGUCCACCCUUGCGGUCGGUCGAGGCACGGAUGCCGACUCCGGGCUGACCGAGUCUCGGGAAGAGCUGGUAAAACCUAUCAAGACAUGGAAAGGAUACCUAUGGGACACAUGGGAUCUUCCUUCGGACCAGCGCAGGUUGCUCUUCAAGGUUGAUGCUUUCGUACUCACAUUUGCCUCGAUUGGCUAUUUUCUGAAGAACAUCGACCAGACGAAUAUCAACAAUGCAUUCCUCAGUGGUAUGAAGGAGGACCUGUCGAUGUACGGCAAUGAACUCGUUACUAGCACCUCGAUUUGGACUGUUGGAUACGUUAUUGGACAGAUUCCCUCUAACCUGAUACUUACAAGAGUUUCUCCUCGAUGGGUUAUCCCAGCACUUGAAGUAGGUUGGGGUAUAGCCACUAUCUGCACUGCAUCAGUCCAGUCCUACCGAUCCUUGUACGCUUUGCGAUUCCUCGUUGGCCUGUUUGAGUCUGGCUUCUAUCCUGGUAUUCACUACCUUCUUGGCUCAUGGUACACUCCUCAAGAGAUCGGCAAGCGGGCCAUGAUCUUCUGGCUAGCCGGCUCCAUUGGCAACAUGUUCAGCGGAUUCCUUCAAGCCGCUGCAUAUACAAACUUAAAUGGCGUCCAUGGACACGCAGGCUGGCGCUGGCUUUUCAUCGUUGAUGGGAUCAUCACCAUACCUCUUGCGCUGCUAGGCUUCUUUUUCUUUCCAAACCUGCCACAGAGCGGUAAGAGGACCUGGUGGACGACUGAAGAGGAGCAUAUCCUUUCGGUUCAGCGAAUGCAAGCUAUCGGACGGGCUGGAAAGUCCAAGUGGACCAGGCAAAAAGUGAAGAAACUCGUGCUUAGUUGGGAGUUCUACCUUUUGCCAUUACUCUACGUCGUAUGGAACAAUGCCGUUCCCCAGGCUGGCAUGGGCUAUUGGCUAAAGAGCUUCAAUUCAAAUCCGCCCCCUCUACCGGGGACUUCGUUUACGGUGCCGGAAAUCAACAACUUGCCAAUUCCCACAACUGGAAUAUUCGUCGGCAUGGCCCUUGUUUGGGGUUGGCUUUCAGAUGGACCAUUCAAAAGGUUGAGAUGGCCAUUCAUCUACGCAGGUGCUAUCAUAUCGCUCAUCUUUAUUGUUCUACUUCGCCAGAUGCCACUUUAUGAGAAUGUGAACGAUAGAAAGAUAGUCUACUGGCUGAGUAACAUUGGUAUGGGAGCUGGGCCACUUAUCCUGAGUUGGAUCAACGAGAUCUGCUCGCACGACACAGAAAAGAGAGCCUUAUUGAUUGCCAUGGCGAAUGAUCUUGCUUAUGUUGUACAAGCCAUCGCUCCAAAUUUCGUCUGGGCAACGGUGGAUUUCCCUGCAGCUCAAAAGGGUUACCUUUUCACAGCAGUACUCCAAGUCUUGACUAUCGUGGUAUGCGCUGCCAUUCAAGUGAUGCUUAGAAUAGACAAAAAGCGUUCUCAAACCAGUGAUACCUCUUCAAUCGCUCAAAACGAUGAAGUCGCAUCUCAGGGAGAUAUUUCCAGCGAGAAAGCUCAAGAGUCAAAGGUGUGA